UCCGUUAAACUUUCAAAUUUGUGAGCAUACCGCUGUUGGAGAAAGGUUUUCGGAAAUAUACGGGCGAUUUUUAUAGUGUUUGGUGACGAAUAGUUUCGGAAGUUUGUGGCCAUUUUAAGUGAACCAAAUGCCGCACAAGAUGUACUAUUCGGACAAAUAUUACGACGAUAAAUACGAAUACAGGCAUGUUGUAUUGCCAAAGGAAAUGGUAAAAUUGGUUCCAACUACUCAUCUUCUCUCUGAACAAGAGUGGAGAGCUAUUGGUGUUCAACAAAGUCAAGGAUGGGUACAUUAUAUGAUUCAUAAACCAGAACCACACAUUUUACUCUUUAAGAGGAAAAUAACAUCACCACCACCACAGAAUUAAUUGCCCUGUCACAAC